AUGCAAUUGAACCUCCACGCCCUCGUCCUCGCCAGUUUGGCUCUCCUCGCCGCUGCCGCGCCAGUGGCCGUUCCUGCGCCAGACACCCCCGUCCUCACCCGACCCUUGCUCGACAUCAGUGACAACACAGUCGCCGUGCCCGUUGACGUCUUGAGCAAUGGCGACACCCAGGACGGCCACGCGAACUCUAUUAUUGAUAAGAUCGCCCGCCGCAAGGUCAUCGCCGCGCGCGCCUCGCGCAGCGUUGACGUCCAUAACAAUGGCAACACCCAGGUGGGCGACGGAAUCUCCACCAUCGGCCGGCGCAAGGACGUCGUCUCCGCGCGCGACUUGACCGGCAUCGAUGACAACGCGACCACUACUCCCGUUGACGCCUAUGGCAAUGGCAACACCCAGUUGGCCGACUGA